AAGCGUACGAGUCGUAGAAACAUUAAUUAAUAAUUUAUUUCACAGUUAUAAUAUUUGAAUGAAUAUUUUAUAUGCAUAAGAUGCAUAAAUUCCAUUCUCACGCUCGGUUAUGAGUCUUUGUGAGUCACUUGCGAAAUUGUUUGAUCAAAAAGUAAUAUGAUAUUUUUCUGUAUCUCGAAAGACUAAACAUCCGAUGCAAGUACAUCCUUUGUAAAAUUAUGCCGACAUUCCGCGGCAUCCUUUGAAAUUAAAAGCGAGAAUGAUGCAACUCCUACUUCGUACCACACCCCGCGGUCUACAAACUCGAACAAUAUGGGUGUGUUCCGAUGAAGCUCCGUCAGUUUUUGGUAGUUAGGUUGGUACCGCUUAACUGACGGAACUGCCGGAAAAUCGUUCCGCAUCAGCCCGUUUAGUGAAAUCUCGAAUAUUGCGAAUAACCUAAAACGGAGUUCAUUUACUCACCGAUCAGUUUUUUGUAUUUGUUCCGUAAAAGUUUAAUAAAAACGAUGGACAUUGAAAAUGAAAUUAUUGCAAUAUUAAAUGAUAUUUGUAUUUCAUCCAGUAGUAGUAGUGAAAGUGAAGAUGAAAUAGAUAUGAAUGUUUUAAAUGAAAACAACAAUCGCUGUUGUCUCCGCAGAAUUCUUCGAGUACAACAUUUUAUUGAAGAUGUUGUAAUGCUGUAUACAGAUGAAGAAUUUAGAGAACAUUUUCGGUUGCGUCGUGAUACCUUUCAGUAUGUUUUAUUUUUGAUAAGGGAAGAUUUAGAAGGAAAUAUGAUUGGAUUAGGGAAGAUACCGAUUAGUCCUGAAAAACAAUUUCUAACAGCAUUAUAUAUUCUUGGAACUCCAGAUUCUUAUAGAUCAGUGACCACAAAAUUUAAUAUUGGGAAAGCAACAGCAUGGCGAGCAGUGAAAAGAGUGGUUAAGGCUAUAUGUAACUUACGGAAUUAUUUUAUUCGAUGGCCAUCUUACAAAGAAGCACAAGAAACUUGUGGAAGAAUUAAAGGAUUAUAUGGUUUUCCUAAAGUAAUUGGAGCACUUGACGGCACACAUAUAAUUAUUGCUGCUCCAAAAAAUGAUCCACAAAGUUACAUAAAUCGGAAAGGUGUUCAUUCCAUUCAACUACAAGUUGUUUGUAAUGACCGUUUGGAAUUUCUGCACUGCUACACUGGACUUCCAGGAUCUGUUCACGACAUGCGUGUGUUUAAAUACUCUGGGUUACAGCAAAGGUGCAGCGAUGAGUACUUUCCUCAGGAUACACAUCUCUUGGGAGAUUCUGCUUACACACUCCAAAAACACAUUAUGGUUCCAUAUACAGAUAAUGGUCACCUUACAGUAAAGCAAGUAUACUUUAACAAAGUAUUAUCCAGAACACGCAUGAUGGUGGAACGUUCAAUAGGACUAUUAAAAUCAAGAUGGAGAUAUUUCCUGGAUAAGCUUCCCAUGAGACGGACUGACCUUAUACCAUAUUACAUUGUUUGUGCAUGUGUUUUGCACAACAUAUGUUUGAAACGUAAUGAUACUUUUGAGUAUCCCUUGAUAAUUCCAGACAAUAUUGAUAGAAAUCCAGAGCCUCUUGAUUUAAAUAAUAUACAGAAACAAGAAGGAGUAAUUAAAAGAGACAAUAUUAAAAAUGAACUCAAUGUAAAUAUUUAUUAAUUAAAUUGCAAUUUAAUCUUGUAUUAAUUAUUUUAAAACUAUAUUAAAAGUUUGUGUAUAAAUUUUUGGUAAUAAAGCUAUUAUUAUGUCAUAAA